AUGGCUUCCUCGACGACAGCGUCGCAGACCGAGCUGAAGGCCAACAAAGUGCCUCUCGGGUGGCGAGACAAGUGCUCCGCAAGGGAUACCAUGUACCUGCCAUGGAAAUGCGAAGACGAGCGACAUGUUUAUGAGAAGACUACCAGCUAUGUCCGCCGCAUGAAGGCCUUGUCGAAACAGAAGCUUGCAGCAGCGGAGGAGGCAGAAUAG